AUGAGUCAACUUGCAGUGUACGGUGGUUCGGGCGGUCUUGGACGUGUCUUGGUCAAUUACUUUAAAUCAAAGGGCUAUUCGGUCAUUAACAUUGACCUCGUUGAAAACACCGAUGCUGAUCGUAAUGCCAUUGUGAAUGGUCAAUCGUCCAUGGAAGAGCAGGGUUCUCAAGUCAUGGACGCGUUGAAUUCGCUUCUUAAGGAUAACAAGCUGGAUGCUAUUCUGUGUGUAGCUGGUGGAUGGGCUGGAUUUUUGAAAUCGGCCAAUUUGAUGAUCAAGCAGUCGGUCGAGUCUUCCUGUAUCGCCGCUCACAUUGCCACAAAGUAUUUGAAGCAGAAUGGUCUUUUGGCAUUAACAGGAGCUGCCGCGGCAGCUGAUGCUACGCCUGGUAUGAUCGGUUACGGUAUUGCCAAGAGCGCGGUUCAUCAUCUUGUCAAGGAUCUUGCCGGAGCCAAUAGUGGUCUUCCUACGGACGCCAAGGUGACCGCCAUUUGUCCCAUUACUAUUGACACUCCCAUGAACCGUAAGGCUAUGCCUCAGGCGGACAUCUCCACCUGGACGCCACCGGAACAUAUUGCAAAGCAAUUGCAUGAUUACUUGACAGGUGCGACCCCGCUGGAAAACGGAAAACUAAUCAAGGUUGUCACCCAGAAUGGCGAGUCCACCUUUAGCGAAUUGUAA